AUGUUUCACCGCCCCACCUCAUUUGUGUGCCGCAGAGUGGCUACUGUGGCUGCAACAGGCCUUGCAACAGAAAAACAACAAGGAGUCCAUCAACAGAGUGCGGAAGGUAACUCUAAACCUGACACAAAACACAAGCAGAUCUUCUUGGAUAAGUUCCGCGAGCGGCUCGCCAAUGACACAACAGGCAAAAACACACUUGAGGAUUUCCUUGAUAUUCCCGAAGGGCUCCCACCAACUGCCGCGGCAGUGGGUCCCCUGAAACGCGGAGAGGAGCCGCUGCCACCGUGGCUAAAGCUUAAGGUUCCAAAGGGAUUGUCGCAGCGGCCGCGCUUCAACAGAAUCCGGAAGUCUAUGCGCGAGAAGCGACUGGCAACAGUGUGCGAAGAGGCCAAGUGCCCCAAUAUUGGCGAGUGCUGGGGUGGUGACGAGGAGGAGGGGACCGCGACAGCGACCAUCAUGGUGAUGGGGACGCACUGCACACGCGGCUGCCGCUUCUGCUCCGUUCUGACAAGCCGCAAGCCACCGCCACUCGACCCUCAGGAGCCCGAGAAGGUAGCCACCGCCGUGGCGGAGAUGGGUGUCGACUAUAUCGUAAUGACAAUGGUGGACCGCGACGACCAGCCCGACGGUGGCGCGUCCCACGUCGUGCGUUGUGUCAACGCAAUUAAGAAAAAGAGCCCCCACGUUCGGCUUGAAGCGCUGGUGGGCGACUUUCACGGAAGUCUUGAACUUGCUGAGAUGGUUGCCUCGUCACCCCUUAGCGUGUUUGCGCAUAACAUUGAGUGCGUCGAGCGCAUUACGCCCAAUGUGCGCGAUCGUCGCGCCACAUACCGUCAAUCCCUCAAAGUGCUAGAGCAUGUAAACGUCUUUACCAAGGGCGCUAUGCUCACGAAGAGCAGCAUCAUGCUUGGUCUCGGUGAGGAGGAAGAAGAGGUGCGGCAGACCCUCCGUGACCUGCGCAAUGCGGGUGUGUCGGCGGUUACGCUCGGCCAGUAUCUGCAGCCGGCACGUACACGCCUGAAGGUUAGCCGCUACGCACACCCAAAGGAGUUUGAGAUGUGGGAGAAGGAAGCGAUGGCAAUGGGCUUCUUGUACUGCGCCUCUGGCCCGCUGGUACGUAGCUCUUACCGAGCGGGUGAAUACUAUAUAAAAAAUAUUCUGAAGAAUCGUGAAUCUGCUGCUGCUGCUGCUGCGACUUCUACUGCUUCGGAUGCUGCCUGUGUGACCUCUGACUGCCGAGAAGGACGGUUGAAUUAA